UAAAGGGAGAGAUAGACCUACAUCAUGGAGACUUUAACACACACAAUAGAUACUGGUCUUUUUUCUUCUGUGUCUUUCUCAGUUUAUAUAUUUAUAUGGUUGUUCACUUCUCUUGAGAAAACUCAAGUUAAAAGCAACUCUUUAACUUCUCUUCAUAUUCAGUAUUCAUCAGUAAAACACACUGCUAAAACAAAACACCAAUGCCUCUUCAUUGUGUAGCACCAAAACCAGAAAACUUUGGCACAGAAUUGAUGGCACCUCCACCUAAUUCGUCGAAGCCAGAGAUGAAGAACUCAGAGUCCUUUAUACAAAGGGCCUUGUUUCCCAUAACUUUGAAGUUUGAAGAAGUUGUUUACAAGAUUAAGCAAGAAACAAAAGGAAUGUGUUGUGGAGGACCAUCAAGCACAAAAGAAAAGACUAUACUAAAUGGAGUGACAGGUAUUGUGUGCCCAGGGGAGAUGCUAGCAAUGUUAGGUCCAUCAGGUAGUGGAAAAACUACCCUCCUAACGGCUUUAGGAGGCCGCCUAUCGGGUAAGCUAUCAGGGAAAAUUACAUACAACAGCCAGCCAUUCUCAGGAGCUAUCAAACGCCGUACUGGAUUCGUGGCACAGGAUGAUGUCCUAUAUCCUCAUCUAACUGUAACAGAAACUCUCCUCUUCACAGCUCUGUUAAGGCUUCCCCAAAGCCUAAGCAGGGAGGAAAAAGAAAGGCAUGUGGAGCAUGUUAUAGCAGAGCUCGGGUUAAACAAGUGUCGAAACAGCAUGAUAGGAGGACCAUUAUUUAGAGGGAUAUCAGGUGGGGAGAAAAAGAGGGUCAGUAUUGGUCAAGAAAUGCUCAUUAACCCGAGUUUACUACUGCUAGAUGAGCCUACUUCUGGUUUGGAUUCUACUACAGCUCUGAGGAUUCUAACUACUAUUAAGCGCCUAGCUGACGGUGGCAGAACUGUGAUCACUACAAUCCACCAACCAUCCAGCAGGCUCUACCAUAUGUUUGAUAAGGUGGUCUUGCUUUCUGAAGGCUGCCCUAUCUACUAUGGUCCUGCAUCAACCGCCCUCGAGUACUUCUCCUCUGUUGGUUUUUCCACAUCAAUUACUAUCAAUCCUGCUGAUCUCUUGCUUGAUCUUGCCAAUGGAAUUGGACCUGAUUCCAAGCAUGCAAUUGAGCAAGGUGACAGUAGUGAACAGGAGAAGAAAUCUGUAAGAGAAGCUCUCAUCUCUGCUUAUGACAAGAACAUUUCUACAAGGCUGAAAACUGAGCUAUGCAGUUCAGAUACCAAUAACUACAGUUACGCAAAGGAUGUUUCAACAAGAAACGGUGUGAAGUCAGAGCACUGGUGCACGAGUUGGGGCUAUCAAUUUAAGGUGCUGCUACUAAGGGGGCUGAAGGAACGAAGAUACGAAACCUUCAACAAGCUUAGAAUCUUCCAAGUUGUUAGUGUAGCAUUUCUUGCUGGAUUGUUAUGGUGGCACACUCCAACAUCCCACAUUGAAGACAGAAUUGCAAUGGUAUUCUUCUUCGCGGUAUUCUGGGGCUUCUAUCCACUCUACAAUGCAGUUUUCACUUUUCCCCAAGAAAGAAGGAUGCUCAUCAAAGAGCGAUCAUCAGGAAUGUACCGACUCUCAUCAUAUUUUCUAGCUAAAACUGUUGGGGAUCUUCCCUUGGAACUAGCACUACCAACAGCAUUUACCUUCAUCCUAUAUUGGAUGGGUGGGCUCAAAGCCAACCCUGCCACAUUCAUCCUAUCUCUUCUAGUAGUCCUUUACAGCGUACUCGUUUCUCAGAGCCUCGGUCUAGCAUAUGGUGCCAUGCUCAUGGAUGUGAAACAGGCCACUACCUUAGCAUCAGUCACAACUUUAGUCUUCCUAAUUGCCGGAGGAUAUUACAUUCAACAAAUUCCCCCUUUCAUAGUCUGGUUAAAAUAUUUGAGCUACAGCUACUACUGCUACAAGUUGCUUCUAGGGGUACAAUACAAUGAUAACGACUACUACGAGUGUUCAAAAGGCGUCUAUUGCCAGGUUGCAGAAUUUCCAGCCAUAAAAUCAAUAGGCCUGAACAAUAUGUGGAUGGAUGUAUUCAUCAUGGCUCUAAUGUUAGUGGGAUACCGGCUAAUCGCUUAUCUAGCACUCAAUCGUGUGCGAUGAAAAUGUGCAGAGGGAACCAUUUCAAGAGCAAAAUCGAAGGGUUUUUUCCGCCAACAACAACAUAUAGUAAUAAUGUUAGAUUUAGAUUAUGAUCACAUUGCCAGAUUUUGAUCAUAUACACCAAAAAUUCCAAUGUAGUAGUACCACUCUGGCAAUGUUUUACCUAACUGACUUAGGAAACUUCAGAUGCUUGGGAAGAAUAAAAUCUGUAACAUUCUGAACUGAAUAAAUAUGCUUAGUGCACAAUGAAGCAAACAUCAGAAACAUUUUUUUAUCACAGCUAAAAGAAAAAGAGAAAGCAAUAACUGAUGCACACAGCAAGAUUUAGGAAUAUCUCUGUGGGGUCUCUAAAACAAGAAGAUUGCAAUAAUUUAAUGAGUUCUACAAGUGCAUUGACCACAUAAAGACAGCACCUGUUUAGAUCACUAAAUGAGCUUGUUCUUUUUCUCCUCUCAGUGCCUUUCCUUUUCUUUGUAUUAUGAUUUCAUGGUGAUAUACUUUUAUAAUAGCAAUAUCAAAAGUCUGAUUCAGAAUCAAUUUCUACCUUCCAUUUUAAUGCUUGGGAUCUAUUUAGCGCCUCUAGAACAUCUUAAACCAACUUCUUUGUGGGAGCAUCAAGAACAAAACAUGGAUUCUUGUGAUCUUACACAUGCAAAGUGCGUGGUUGGUGAGAUUCUUGAAGAAUCAAGAUAACAUUAUAUUUUGUUGAAUGGUAGGUCAAGUUUGAACCAGCACUUGCAAAUGAAACAAAAUAUCUUGAGCUAUAGUGGAACAAAAUUUUCCCCAAUAACAAAGCAUUUAGAGUUUCUUCUUGCCAAAGACCUUAUAAGUUAUAACAUCCAAGAACAAGGAAAAGAGGAAGAAGUAACAGAAAUUGCAUAUGGUAAGAUAAUUAAUGUGUUGUGUCUGUUUGGUACAAUGAAAGCUAUAGUUCAUGAAAACUGUUUUUCAUAAGAAAAUAUUCUCCAAGAAGUAAAUAUGAAUAAUAAUAUUAGCAAAUCCGAUAUUGAUGAGAAAUGAAAAUUGGCUAUAACUCAAUUCCAAAAUGUAGCUCAAGAGAUGAGGAUUGUCCAGUAUAGGGAGACAAAUUGUCAUCCCACACAUCGAUGUGGGACUACUAACACCCCGCACGCCAAGGACUGGCAACUAGAGCUUGGACAAGAUAAUAUGGAGAUCAAUAUCUGGCGAAACAAGAAUUGAGUAGAAAUGGAAAUUGAGUCCAACUCAACCCCAAAAGCUAGAUCAAGCGGUGAAGAUCGUCCAAACCGAAGUGGGAUUACUAAUAUUUAUUGCCUUGAUGAUAUUUUGAGUAUUAAAGAUGGAUAAUAAUAUCUAAAAUGUUAGAUGGAGCAAAUGAUAUGAUUUAAAAAGUUAAGAUAGUUCUAAGUAAAAUUAGUUUCUCCCACACACCCCACUGGUUGGUGUGACCUAGUGACCAAUGAAUUGGGUUGACAACCCUGAAGUUUUAGGUUCAAAUCUAAGCAGAGCCAAAAAGCCACCACGUAAUUUCCAUCUAUCUCAUGAAAUUAGUAUAGAUGUGCGCAAGCUGGUUCAGACACCACAGUUAU